UCACGGGGUUGGGGAAAGGACAUCCCCGCCUGCCGGGGGGAGUUGACAGCUGGAGAAGGUGGUGCUGUUUCGGGAAGUUUCAAUGAGCAGACAGUAGGUAGAAGCCCGGUCUGUACAGCCUGGUCCGGCACCAUGGAUGAGAGGAGCGCCCUGCUCAACUACCGCCUCUCCAGCAUCUCCACGGAGGAGCCCUCCAGCCAUAGAGCCACGGCUACCCACGGGAAGAGUCCACGGACUAAAAAACUCUCCACCUUCCUGGGGGUCGUGGUGCCCACCUUACUGGCCAUGUUCAGCGUGGUGCUCUUCCUCAGAGUGGGGUUCGUGGUGGGACAGUCUGGUCUGUAUGAAACAAUAGGCAUGCUGGUGUUGGCCUAUUUUAUCAUCAGUAUGACGGUGCUAUCAGUAUGUGCCAUUUCAACCAACGGAGCACUGGAUGCUGGUGGAGCAUACUAUAUGAUCAGCCGGGCUCUUGGUCCUGAAUUUGGUGGCAGUAUUGGCAUCAUGUUUUUCUUGGCUAAUGUGUGUGGCAGUGCACUGUACAUCUUGGGUUUAGUGGAAGCUAUUGUUGACAUGUUUGGGUUUUCACCAGAUCAAGAGAGCAAACAUGGGCUCCAUGUCCUACCUCAGUCUUACUGGUAUGAGUUCCUCUAUGGUACCGUCCUACUUUUAAUCUGCCUCCUUGUCUGCCUGGUCGGUGCCAGUAUCUAUGCCAAAGCUACAUUCCUCAUCUUUAUUGUGGUUAUGGUGGUCCUGAUCACCGUGUUCGUCAGCUUUUUUGCGGUGAAAGAGAGAACUAUUUUUAUUAAUAAUGGCAACAGCAGUAACCUAACUGGGAACUUCACUGGCUUCAAGCUAUCGACCCUGAAGGAUAACCUUUACCCAAGUUAUACCACAGAUUACACCACUAAAAAGAUGAUGACCUUUGCCACUGUAUUUGCUGUUAUGUUUAACGGCUGUACAGGAAUCAUGGCUGGAUCAAACAUGUCUGGAGAUUUGAAGAAUCCGAGUUACUCAAUCCCUCGAGGAACCAUCACCGCUGUCAUCUUCACUUACAUUAUCUACAAUUUACUGGCCUUAAUGACCUGCUGUACCUGUGAAAGGACUCUGCUGCUGAAUGACUACAGUUUUUUACGGGAUAUCAAUAUCUGGUCUCCAUUCGUCACUAUAGGAAUAUAUUGUUCCACUCUUUCAGCCUCUAUGAGCAACCUCAUUGGAGCAUCUCGAAUAUUGUAUGCUUUGGCAAAGGAUGAACUCUUUGGAAUACUCCUAAAACCGGCAAAGAAGACGUCUCGAGGAGGAAAUCCAUGGGCAUCUGUUAUUAUGUCCUGGUUCUUGGUUCAACUGGUGCUGUUUGCAGGGAAACUCAACACCAUUGCUGCAAUUGUGACAAUUUUCUUCCUGCUGGUAUACGCUGCUGUGGGUCUGGCUUGCCUUGCACUCGAAUGGGCAUCUGCACCAAAUUUCAGGCCAACAUUCCGUUACUUCACCUGGUACACCUGUAUUCUUGGAAUCUUGGGUUGCGUGGUUAUGAUGUUCCUGAUCCAGCCGAUCUAUGCCUCUGCUAGCAUUGCCUUCAUGUUGAUCCUGCUCCUUUGUUUACACUAUGUGGCACCAAGUCACGGCUGGGGCUUCAUCAGCCAAGCUCUCAUCUUUCAUCAGGUUAGGAAGUAUCUUCUCAUGCUGGAUGUGCGCAAGGAUCACGUAAAAUUCUGGCGUCCUCAGGUUCUGCUGCUAGUCUCUAAUCCAUACAACCACCAAAAUCUUAUUACCUUCACAAAUGACCUCAAGAAAAGUGGGCUUUUUGUGCUGGGACAUGUGAGUCUGGAUGAGUUGGAUACCCUGCCAUCAGACCCACUGCAGACACAGUCAGACUCAUGGUUACAAUUAGUAGAUGAGCUGGAGAUCAAGGCCUUUGUGAAUCUGACAUUGUCAGACUCAGUGAGACAUGGUGCCCAACAGCUGCUCUUUAUCUCUGGGCUGGGAAGUAUGAGACCUAACACUGUGGUUCUCGGAUUUUACACACGUUCCACUCCUGAAGAACUGCUUAAAAGUGACGAAGAAUUAGAAACACAUAGUUCUAGUUCAUUUACUUUUUCUGCAGCUGGUUUCAAGCCAUCUAGAGAAAGCUUUUCUCCCUGGGAAUAUGUGGCUAUUAUCUCUGAUUCCAUCAAGAUGUCCAAGAAUGUGGUUUUGGCUAGGUACUUCUCUGAGUUUAACAGAUACAGUGCACGUGGCAAAGAGACCUACAUUGAUGUUUGGCCACUAAAUCUCUUACGACCAGACAGCACAGCCUAUGUAGACACCUGCAGUCUUUUCCUUCUGCAAAUGGCCUGUGUCUUGAACAUGGUACGGUCCUGGAAAAAAGCUACGCUACGCCUCUUUCUCUGCAUAGAGACGGAGAGUGGUUUAAGGGGUCAAGAAGUCAAACUAAAGCAACUUCUAAAGGAUCUUCGCAUCAAGGCUUCAAUCCAAACAGUAGUUUGGGAUCCUGUGGUGGCUUUGCAUUGGCACAAGCAGGCUCCUACAGAUUCUGAAGCUUCAGAAGAGGCUUAUCUGAACUUUCCAAGCAAUUCCAGCAGGAUCUCAAAUGAGUACUUACAUGCUGUUAACCAAAUGAUACUAGGGCAGAAUGCUCUGUCUCCCCCCAUUGUAAGGUUUCUGUACCUUCCUCGUCCACCAGCAGACACGUCUGUUUACACUAGGUUCCUUCACCAGUUGGAGACAAUAACUAGAAACCUGGGACCAACAUUGCUUAUUCAUGGGACCAAUCCUGUCACAAGUACAGAGCUUUGAAAAAACUGUUGGGAUAAGGUGGGGAAUAUAAACCAUGGAGGAAGCAACCUGAUUGCACUUUGUCAGUAUACUGUAUUAAUGCAAUGACGUCCAGGUUGCCAUUAUUGCAAUACAGACAUAAUGUAUGGACAUUUACAGUUCCUGUGGAUGUGCCUUGCUGUGCCUUAAUGUUGUCUCAUCUGCUGUUACUGACAGUAAUACAAGACUGCCCUUUGAUACAGAACUGAUCAUUCUGGUUGUCUUUACGAUGCCUGACACCAUCUUUCACUGUUACUGGAAUUCCGAGUAUAGUAACUUUUACAGGCAAUACCUUUUGUCAUAGAUUUCUAAAGUUGGGGACAUUUAAUCAAAUAUGCUGAAAAUGUUUACAUUCCUCCAUAUGCCUUCUUUUGCAAGAAAAAAUAUAUUGAUUUUAUUUGCUUUCCUUCUUCCACCUGGUUUCACGAAGAACCCUGGCUAAAGAAUUAAUAAAAGUCUUGUUUAUUAUCCUGGUAAUCAAGACAAGAUAUUCCACAUACCUAAUACAUAGACAAUGCGCAAGGCACUUUGAUAAAGUAAUGAAAGAUACGAAGAAUGCAAGAGAAGCUAAACACUUUCAUACAAUGGCCUUUGUUUCAGUUGCUAAAAAUGAUAUACAAUGCAUUAACAUUUUGAAUAGUGUGAUAUAUGUUUUUCCAGGUGCGUUGACAGUAUGCUGUUAACUGUGCCAACAAGGUACUGCAGUGAGAAGCCUCUCUUCCAGAGAAACUACUGCCUAUUCACUCAAUUUCUGCUUCUGCAUCUACCUGUGAAUUAAGAGGCUUCCUGUACUCAGGAGACAUACUCAUCUCCCAAUAACCUUGUGCUUGAAUGAUAUGUGAUAGCAGUUUGGAUAAUGCAUGGAACAGGCUGAUCUUUUUUGUGAAUGUGAUGGUGUUACUGACACUUACAGUCUAAUUACAAUCUCAUUUGAACUCGAGCAGUAAGAUCUCCCAGUUUUAUUAAUUUCUUUUACUUCCUUAGCUGAAUUCUAUUUAACAUUGAAAACUCAAGAAUAAAACUGUGUGUGCAUUUAAGAAUUAAAAGCACCAAAAAAACAAAAUGUAUAAGACUACACACAUAAACUAUAAUGUAGCACCACUGGGGGGGGCAGAGCCUGACCGCCAUGCAGAGAAGUCGCAUAAACCUGGGGCCCCGUGGAAUGAAUCUGUAAUUAAGCUGUGUUGUUGCUCAACUACUGGGCAGACCGGAUUUAAUCCUCACCCUACUCUUUGGUACUCUUGUGGUGGCACAGGUGGGGCUCUUUGGCCUCUAUCCCGGCGACAGCGAUAACUGGUCCGUCUUGCAGCCUAGGUGGAGGCUUGGGUGCGUGGAGGGAGCCGAUCACCCAGCCUGGGGCUCCCUGGACGAGAACUUGAGGCUGCAGAGGGCCACCUGCGAACCCUCCCCCCUCCCUGCCGUUGAAGGAUAUCCCAGCACCAGCAGAAUACUUACUUAGAUACUGUACGUCUCAGACUACUCAUACCAGCAAUCACCAGUUCCAAUAUGGUGGACGCCAUACAUCAGUCGGCAAGCCUUGGGGCCUGUAGUGGUCUAGCAUGUCACUCUGUGACUAAGCUUGAUGAAAUCUUUGCUUCCUUUUGGGCCAAGAUAUCUGAGAGGACGCUGAACCCCGCACCUGCAAAGCAGAUCAUUCCAGCACCUGCACCUCUGGCAAUCUCAUGCCCCAAGAGCGGACGCAGGAUGGUGAUAACCAAAGGUUCCCAAGGAGGUACCGAUGAUGGGGCCAGCUGCACAGGUAUUAACGGAGAAGUUGUUCCAUAUCUAGCCUUUACCUCCGCGUCAAGACACCACAACUCCAGAAUACCACAACUCCAGACC